AUGACUAUUAAAAUGAUAUGCUAUUUUGGUUGGAUAGUACUUGAUUUACGUAGAAUUCUCUGCGUAAUCUUUAUCGACAAUUACAUGAUAUCUAAAAUUAUACCUAUCUCCGUUAACUUAAUCUGGCUUUGUCACAAUGUUUUUAAAUUUGUGCUCAUUAAUUAUGUGUGCGAAACAGUUACCACCAAGGCAAAUAAUACAUCAGAAUUAUUAAGUAAAUUGUCAUAUUCCACUUAUAAUGUAGAAAUUCGUGAAAUCAUUUCACACUUUUUAUUACAAAUGAUUUAUGCACCACUUAAAUUUUGUGGAAUUGGAUUUUUCCAGUUUGGCUUCAAAUUUCUUCACAAGUUCAUCAUAUCUAUUGUGACCGUUUUAGUUAUAAUCUUACAAGCACAAGCAAAUAAUAUAACAUAA